UAAGGGACAUGAAGCACCUGGGAACUGCCUGGCUCCUGCCACUGCUGUUACUGCUGUCACCCACGACAAAGGUUGGUGCCUUUCCUUUCCCAGAAAAAGAUCAUUGGAUAAAUUCAGGUUGUGGUCAGUCAGUCCUGAAGAAACCAGCAAAUGGACGAAUCGUUGGAGGCAAAAAAGCCUCUGAAGGAGCUUGGCCAUGGCAGGCUAGUCUGAGGCACUAUCAGGCCCACAUCUGUGGGGCCACUCUCAUUUCCCAUAGCUGGGCUCUGACAGCUGCCCACUGCUUCUCUUCCCAGACUGUCAACUUGCCCGAUUUCCAGAUAGUCCUCGGGGAACUCCGUCUCUUUUCCAACCCAAGAGAGUCCAUCUCAAGCCCUUUGAGCAAGGUGAUCCUGCACCCAGACUACUCCAGCUCAGAAGGCUCCCGGGGGGACAUCGCCCUUGUGAAGUUGGCCCGGCCUCUCAGCUUCUCCCCAUGGAUCCUGCCUGCCUGUCUCCCCGAGGCCCACAACCCCUUUCACACCAAUAUGAGCUGCUCUGUGACAGGAUGGGGAAACAUAAACGAGGGAGUCCAGCUGUCCCCACCAUAUACCCUGCAGGAAGCAACGCUGCCAUUGAUUGAUGCCAAGAAGUGUGACAAGAUCUUAAACAAUGGUCAGCACCAGGUCACCAAUGAAAUGAUCUGUGCUGGCUAUCUGGAGGGGGGUGUGGAUGCCUGUCAGGGUGACUCUGGGGGUCCCUUGGUGUGUCCCUAUCUGGACUCCUGGUUCCUGGUAGGAAUUGUAAGUUGGGGCAUUGGCUGUGCCCAACCCCAAAAACCAGGUGUCUACACCCUUGUCUCUGCCUACGGGGCCUGGAUCCAGAGUCAAGCAACAGAGAUAAACCUGGGCUUCUAUAACAUCACAGUCCGGAGUGCUGCUAACAUACAGACUCAUGGUCCCCACCUCACCAGCCUCCUUCUGGUCCUGUGGAGCUUUGCCAGCUGCUGCUGAAUUCCUCCUCACCAGCUGCUGCUUCCCCUGCUAGCCCUCCUCCCACUGUGCCCCACACAUGCCCAUAUACAUCCAAAUCUCUCCUUCUCCAAAUCCCUCUAAGUACCUUCCACUGUCAAAGGGCCUUUCCUCUGCUCCAAGUGUACCCCUAGAGACUUGGGUGUCCCUGUCCAUACAUCUCCCCCACCUAGGGUGAGAUAAAGAUAGCACUUCAGUAUCUAACUCCUCCAUCUCUCUCUAGUAAAGAUGACAGGGGAAAGAUUAACAUAAAGUCUUCUGGGCCCUAGUCAGGAACAAAUCCCACCAAUUGUCUCUCUACUUCCUACACUCCUACCAGUGGUGGAGAAGGAGAUGCAGCUGUCAUUGGAGAGCAAAGAAAAAGGGAGAGGGGGGAAGCAGCUGAAGAAGAGGAGGCAGGAAUGCAAGACCUGGGUUGUGAGCCAGAAGAUCCUGCUGAAUUCCUACUUUGCCAUGGACUCAUUGGGCAAAUCAUUUCCCCUCCCUGGUUUUCAUUUUUCUCCUCCAUAAAAUGGAAGUCCAGUAAAGUCAAAGGCCUGCCUGCCCCUCUUGAAUAUUUUAUAAGCCUGCAAGGGCAAGCUAAGACAUCCUUCAGGGAAAUGAAUGAGAAAAGUAAACAGUGAAAGCCUAAGGUACCUUAGUUCUCAUGUUCUAGGGGAGGCCUGUGCCUCUGGGGCAAGAAGACUUGUGUCUACUUCCUGCUUGUAGUGAUAGAGGCUUCCCAGAAGAGGCAGCCUGGCUUGUUUUGGAUAGGGGAGGAUGCAGGUAAAAAAUUUAGAGAAAGGAGCCACUGGAAGAAUCCUAGCCCCUCGGUGACCUUUAAGGGAAGCCUCUAUACAACGAGAGGACAAAGAAAUAAAGAAACAGAGAAAAUAGACAUGAGACCAAGGGAUUCAGAGACUGAGAAAUGAGAGAGAUCAGUUUAAGAGACAGAGGGGGAAAAAAAGUAGGAAAGAAAAAAUACAGACAAAAGACUAGGGGAAGAAGGCAGAGAUAACUAGCCAAAAGCUGAAGCAAGAGAUAGAAAAGAGCCCCAGAAAGACAAAAAGAGAAAACAGAUACAAGAAAUAGAUAGAAAGACUAAUAGAGAAAAGAGUCAGAGACUAAGAGAGACACAGAGACACGCAGAUUGAGAGGAAGAGGGAUGAGGAUAUUUUUUAAGAUCUGUAAUUCAUGGCCUGCCUCAUAUCUAGUUCUCAGCACACUGAGAAGUUCCUGUCUGUCUGACUUCAAUCCCUUCUGUUUAAUAUUAAAAAAAUUUUCCCUUUCCGUGAA